UUAGCCUCCUUUAUUAUCCUUUUUUGGUUAAUAGAAUCGAAUUGCAGCAGCUUCAGGAACGAGGAGGUUGAAGACACACACGAACAGAGGAAAAUAUUUACAUUGAGAGAAAAUCAGAAGCAUUAAUGAAUGAUAUUAUUCAUUUAUAUAUAAAAGAUUAAUGUGAAAGUAUCGUAUCAUGUCCAUAAGCCCCAUAACCAUCCUUAACAGAGCAAGUAGAAGUUCUAUGCUCCUAAAAUGAUACAUUAUUAUGUAUGAAAUAGCACAGAGAAAGGAAAAAAAGCAAUUUCAGAUGGUGGGUGGUAACAACAAUUCGAGGCAACACAAUGACACAACUUCUACCAAAAUCUUUGUUGGAGGGUUAGCUUGGGAGACUCAGAGAGACACAAUGAGGAGGUAUUUUGAGCAGUUUGGAGAGAUCUUAGAGGCUGUUAUUAUCACAGACAAGAACACCGGCAAAUCCAAGGGUUAUGGUUUUGUCACAUUCAAGGAUCCAGAGGCAGCAAAAAAAGCAUGUCAGAACCCCUCUCCAAUAAUUGAUGGGAGGAGGGCAAACUGUAAUAUUGCAUCUAUUGGUGCAAACAAGAAUCGUACACAGGCUCCACAACAUGGACGGUUUAGAGCAGCACCUGGUGUUUUGGCCUCACCUGCUUAUCAUGGCCCCUCCUCAACACUUGUCCAUCAAAACAGUGGGCAACACACACUUACUUAUCCAACUUUUGGGGGAUAUACCGGAUAUUCACAAGAUAAUAUGUACCCCAUGAACUGUUAUGGGGUAUAUGGAGGUCAACCGUUCUCAACUUACUACCCCUCCAAUGGGGCAUCUGGGCCAGUGGGAAUUGUCCAUAACAUUUACCCUUUUUCUGCUCAAUAUGGAUACAAUAGCCAAGCUCAAGGUUUUGGAGUCCAAUAUCCCCAAAUGAUGCAAUUUCCAAUCGUCCCUAGGCACUAUGGCUCAGCUGGCACCCUUACAUUUCCCUCUUCAAUGGCAAUGCCAACUAUUAGUGCAGUUACAACAACAGCAACUACAACAACAACAGAAUUGAUAGGAACAAGUGCAGAUGCUUCACAAACCACUAGAACAACUUCUGAGCAAAAUUCCUCAGCUGAAUCACUACAGAAAUAAAUCAAUGAUGUCUUGUAAGGCUAAAUAUGCUGAAAGGUGAUGAAAAGGGUUAAGAACCAAGAAGGGAUGACAUUGACUACAAGAAGCAUGUUAAGUACUGAUUCCUAAAAGAGGUUGAGAUUACCAGCUACGUAUCAAGAGAAGUAAACCAAUAACUCAACACGGAACCGUUCAUUUAAGGAAUUGGUAAAUGAUGUGCAUUACAUAAAGCUUAUGCUACUAAUCCACCUAAACUAAUUCUUAAUACAUGCUCUAAAUAUAGCAGCUUUGUACUCUGGUAGACUAAUUUUACUAAACAUUAAUGUCUUAGGCGUACGUACCAAGUAGCAUCCAAUGACACCUUGUUCAUAUGAACAGUAAAUGGGUUCUUAAGGUUUUAAAACCUUUGAACCCAGGAUUGAUUAGUCAUUAGAAGGAAGAUACUGAAUUGGGAGUUU